AUGAAACAAUCAAGUUUGGUCAUUUUGCAUCUCCUGUUUGUGCUCUUCCGAGUCCGAGCACAAAAUACCUCUGACCAGGAUAUUGGACCUUCACAAGAUGCUGCCUCGAAUUUCCGACCAAGUCUUGCUGUUGUUAUAGGAGUUCUCUGCAUCAUGUUUGCAUUAACUUUUAUCCUCCUUAUCUAUGCAAAAUUUUGCCACAGGGGAGGUUCCGGUCAUGGUGUUUCAGAAAUUGGUCCUGCACUUGCUAGAUCAGCAUCUCGGUUCUCUGGAAUCGAUAAGACGGUGAUAGAGUCACUUCCUUUCUUCAGAUUUUCUUCUCUUAAAGGAUCAAGAGAAGGGCUUGAAUGUGCAGUCUGCCUCUCAAAAUUUGAAGAUAUUGAAAUUCUCAGGUUUCUGCCUAAAUGCAAACAUGCCUUUCACAUUAACUGCGUCGAUCAGUGGCUAGAAAAACAUUCAAGCUGCCCUCUUUGCAGGCGCAAGAUCAGUCCUGAGGACCCAACAAUCUUCGCAUAUUCAAAUAGCAUGCGAUACUUGGGGGAUCAAUCAGAGCUACGAGAAGACUCAAACAUAGAGCUAUUUGUCCAGAGGGAGGAACAAGAACAUCGUCAAGGGUCUUCGAGAUUUAGCAUUGGAAGCAGCUUCAGAAAAGCUGGAAAGGAUUACAGUGAAGGAGAAUCUUUAAUCCAAGAAGAAGCUGAAGGUAUUGAUAAUGAUCAAAAGAUCUUCAAUAAGUUCAAGCACAAGAUAAUUGUAUCUGAUGUUGUCUUGAAGAAUAGAUGGAGCAGUGCUAGUUCCUCAGACCUCAUGUUCUUGAAUUCAGAGAUGCUGUAUGAUAUGUCAAGCAAUAGAUUCCAAACUCUGGAUUUGAAAAACGAGGAACCGACAACUAAUAGAGCCAUAGAAGAUGAGCAAGUUUUGAAGAUCAAGGAAGAAAUAGAAAUGAAGAGAGUGUUUGAGAGUAAAGUUAGUCCGAUCAACAAAAAGCCUCCAAUUACAAUUCAAGGUCGGCCUUCAACAUCAGAUUCAAGAGCGAUUUCAAAUCACACAUCAAGGGUUAUAAAUGCAACUGACAGAAGAUCAGUAUCUGAGAUUACUUCUUUUUCAAGAUUUAGAAAUUUGGGUCUCAAGAACUCCAUUAGAGAGUUCUCUUCAGAUGGAAGCAAUGUACAGGCAGAAAGACACAGGCAGCUUUGGUUGCCAAUUGCCAGAAGAACAGUUGAGUGGUUUGCCAAUAGAGAAAGAAGGAUUCAACAAACUGAAAACACAAGACAGACUUUAGAUGUAUAA